UUCUUUUUUAUUUUUAUUUUUUACAUUCAAGGGGCUGUCUUUCAAGCUGGGAAGGUAAAUAUUACCGACACUUCCCAAAACAACCAUGGUUGCCAAGCCGUUUCUUUCGAAACUCGAUUCCAGGGUUCGGGAGAUGUAAAGGUGUUCGCCACGCUCAGUCACGGAAACAAAUAUAUUAAAAUCCACGACCCAGCGUCUCUUUGGGUGAAGUCGGUGUCAACAACAGGUUUUGAAGCCUGCGUGCGCGAAGCAGGUAGUGGCUCUGGUGGAACGUCUGUGAUCAACUGGCUUGCAUUUCAAGGUUCGCAUCAAGGCAUACACUCAGGGAUCGUGGAAUUCAAUGAAUUCACGUCACGAACACAGUGCAAGAAGAUAUCGCUAAGCAUUCAGAAACAGGUAACUUCGCAACGUCAUCCAAUUCAUUCAUUUAGUCUUCCAUGUUAGUUUUAAAGUCAAUACUCACGAAAAACUCAUAACUCAACUUCGACCUUAAGGGAAAAAAAUAACGAAAACGCGCGUGACUUCGCAUCAGUAAAAUUAAAAAAAAAAUGGCCUUGUUUUGUAAAUUGUUUAAAUACUAUGCCUGCAAAAAUCACCAAAAAAUGUAAUGGUUAUAGUGCUCCAUGAUGAAAGUUGUUUGAUAUCUUCUUCAUGGCUCUGCAGGAACAUUUAAUGCAUGGAUAAAUGGACACAGUGAUUACUUCAGCACAGAAUUGCGAAGUGGCCUAAAGCAGCAAUAUCAUCGUGGCAUUUCCCCUUUAACAAGAAAAGGGCUUAGCACCAUAUGAAUCGUCCGUUUUUUUUCCUAUGUUUUGUUUGCUGUUCAAGAAUCUCCUCCUAAUACUCUGGCAAAUCGCCGCAUGCAAAACCGAGUAACUGUUCAAAGCCGAAAUGAAGUCGAUACUUGAUUAUUUUCCCAAUCAACAAUUGUUGUGAAGCUAUAAUGGCCAUGAGAUUGUCAUAACGUCAGUCCAUAACGUUAAGCAGUGUUAAUCCGGUCCUCUUCGGGGCAAAGGACGAUUAUCAUAUUUAAGCUCAGUAUGUACAUAUGUACUUAUUGGGUGAUUUUUUCUCUUCUUUUAGAUAAAACCUCAAGUGUUUGUAACCGUUCAACAUAAACAUUCUAACCGUCCUUUUGAUUCCAUGAACGUCUGGCUAGAAGAGGUCGAAGCAGACGGCUUCGUUGUUUGCUUGAGAGAGUUUAUGAGUUUCGACGGUAUCCAUACCGGACUUAAAGUGGUGAGUUUUAAAAAAUUAGCCCAGUCUUCGACUAUUACGUUUUUAUUCGUCCUUACUUGUUAUCAAUUAAAUUUAAAGUUAAAUCUGAUUGUAUGGAAGUUAAUUAAAAACCUGGUGGUUAAAUUGGCCUCCCCUUAUAUAUUACGUAAAAAUUAUAUUAGAAGAAUUAUUGUUAUACCUAACCCAUAAAUGUUUUAAAACCGUAAAACUCUGAAUUUGCUUUGCAAAGACAGCCUGACGAAAGGGGUGGAGGGGUGGACUGGAAGUGAAAAAGGGGGGAGGGGGGCGCUGAUCAGGGAGCGGGGUUCUUUCAAAGAACGGCUUUUCAGCCUUAACAAAAUAUCGCCCCUGCUGCGCAUGUGCAGCAGGCGUUUUGAAAAGAAAGAAAGUUUUCUUGUAGUCGCGCAUAUAAACUACCCUCGUCAUUUCCCUAAUACAUUCUGAGAUGAAACUUUAGGGUUCACUUUAGGGUUCACUUCAGCCCGGUGACGUUGGCUUUGAGGCCUCCUAACACUUUAAUGUUGAAUAAAAUUAAAACCGUUCAAGCUAGGACCAUCAAACUUGGCGACUCUUGCUGAUUUUUUCUAGAUUUACUAUUAGUGAAUUAUUAUAUCACACUUAAUUUAGCAUUAUUUACGUAGCUGUUAAUAUGAUCUAGGCUUUUAGUGACUAGUUUGGAAACAUUAAUUGAAUUUAAAAUGGCCAACUAGCAGGAAUAAAUGGAAUUAAUUUAAAUAAUUCAAAAUGGCAGAUCCAAAAAGGCAUAUGGUCUCAAUAAGAAAUGACGUCAUCAUGUUGUCACUUCCAUUGUUAAAGAUGAUCAAGUUGUCAACCAUCAUCAUGAUUUUUAAGUAAUUUAAUUAUUUUUGCUUAAUGCCUACAGAAACAAUUGAUAAGCUAUGGGUUAAGACAAUAAAUGCAACAAGGCGACAUUAGUUACGUCAAAUUACGUUAUUGUGUCAAUCACAUUACUCGUACUUGUUGGAAUAAUGAUUACACUAUUUUGUGUAAAUUUAGUGGCUGUAUCAUGAGUGGUUAUAAACUUCUCUGAGGGGCCUUCCCUCUCCAAUUCCCAGGGAGCCCAAAAACGCCCGAUCCGAAUAGUGUUAAAUAUAGGUCAUGGUAUUUUGCUUCUUUCUUAGACUGCAGAUACGAAUUUUUCUGAGGGUUCCCACCGUCAGGUUAAGUUUUCUUAAAAACCCAGAAGGAAAGACGUUUAAUGCUGUGACUGUUACUUGCGUCCACCUUUUCAGAACUGGCUUGCUUAUGAUUUGCUACCUGAGGCUUGGAAUUUUACUGAGCAAGGAAGGCUUCAUUUUUCUGGACUUGGUGCACCAAAGAAAGAGAGCAAUUAUGCCUUUUGUCAGGUUGGAAAUAUGACGUUUAUUAAUGAUACAUUCAAUUUUUUAUUGACUUAACCCUCGGACGUACAAGGGGGGGAUGGAUACCACCCACCCAUAUGGUUUUUCUGAGUUUUUUCCCAGAGGAUAAAAUGUCAGUACCAGACGUUUUCAGUUCGUUAAUCCCUCGCGCACAUUUUGAGACAAGUUUAGUGAUGGUGAGUUGCUAUGGUUACGAUAUAUGACGUCAGAAGUAGCGGGUGGUCAAGCCAAUUUUGGGUGAAAAUACAUGUUUUUUCAACUUCUUUCAACAAUAAAAGUAAAUACUGUGGGUAAAAUCAUACAAAGUGCUUGUUUGUGUUAUUUGUCAUUUAAAGCACAAAAAAUUACCAUUUCUCGCAGUUUUAACCAGAUUUCUAAUUCUUGGUAAACUCCAAGAUGGCGACCAUUGUUGGUGACGUCACAGGCCUUCAGCAGCGCCUCCAGCCCUUAAAUAUACCUCAUCUUGUUAAGAAGAUCAAAGGCUUUCCACUAAAGAUAAAAUGGUUUCAAAAUACUGAAACAUAUCAAAAACACCGGGGAGGGGUUCCAUCCACCCCCCCCCCCCCCCCCCUUGUACCUGAAUUUGCAUGUACGUCCGAGGGUUAACUUACAAACUCAAGCCUUUAAACCAACGUGGUUAACAAUCAACGUUUGUGUUUUGUAUUUCUCAUUUCUUUGACACCGUAGCAUCGGCGUAUUGUGCAUUUUUGAAAUAAGAAUUUAAGUCCAACAAGAGAUAAGACCUUCAAUGCGUUGUUCACAAGAGUUGUAUUUUAGAUUUGUUGAAUGCGACGUGUUGAGGAGGUGCAUCCACUAUUAGAUAUAUUUUAUAGACCUAGAGUUUGCCUAAUCAUUUUCUUAAUGAAGUGGGACAAUAUCACUUUCUUCAAAAGGAUCAAAGAGACAAUAUUUCUUUAAACAGUCAGGGAAAAUUAUUGUGUUUGGUAAAUCAUGAUUUAUAGGAUUAUAAGUUUGAGAAUCCAUUCUACGAGCCGCCCAAUAUUCUGGCAUCUGUCGGCCAUGAAAAUGUCACCAGGGAACUGUCAAUGAAGGCAGAUGGUCGCUAUAGCAACGCUUUGACUGUCUGGAUUGAGGUGAGUAGCUUUGAAGACACAUAAUAAAUUGAAACUGUUUCAAAGAUUUGCUAAUUAAAAUAGCUACCUUCGCUAAAGAGUAAAGCACUUAUAACUAAAGAAGAAGUUCGAAGUGGCACUUAACGCUUUACGGCAAAUUCAAGCAAUAACUUGAAUCAUCAAGCUGAUUGUCAUUUCCCGUACUCAUUUUCACCUGAUGAUUCUUUUUAACGGAGGCUCUAUGGGUUCAUGGUUUAAAAACGGUCACAUCUGUAGAUUGUAAUUGGUUGAUUACGAUCCAUUCUUUUUUUAUUAUUAUUAUUUAUUUCCGUGGUGAUUAUGACUGAAAACUAACUUUCUCGGAAUGUAUUGUUCUUUUCAUGUAAUCCGAUUGGUCAACUUUGUCUAGAUGGCCUCGGUUAUAGUAGUCACACUGCAACAGACAGCAGCGUCCAUUAUAUAACCGUGAGAACUGUACGUCCGUUUAAACGAUUCAAAGUUGCUCUUGUUCUUAUUGCCUAACCGGACGCCCCUGUCUAAAAGCUAACAGGUCAAUACAAGCUUUUUAUUUAUUGGUAUAUUUGAUGUUGUAUUCCAGGAGAUCACUCGUUUGUCUUUCAAAGUGUGCAUCAAAGACAGUCAGGGAAUGAGAAAGUCUCACGAUCCAGUUACAGUGGACUAUGCUAUAGUGGGAGGUACAUUACUCUUAUAUUUGCUUAUUCUUUAAAUUCAAAGAUUUGUCUCUCAUAUUGGUUCGCCCUACUGUCAAGGAAUUUGGCCGUUGGGUCAAACGUCGAAUUGAAGAAAUGAAUUCCAAUAAGAAUAAAAAACUAUGAUCAAAUGUCGAAGAAAGAAGUUAUAAAAAAAUGACGUUUAAAUAAGGACAGCAUCGUAUUGAUCGCUUUUUCAAACGCUUUAAUAACUUGUAGAAAAAGUAACUCCCCAUUUCCUAUCUUUUUUGCCAUCAAUUUUCUUCACAGGAAAAACAAAGCAAAAUUUAAAAAAAUUAAAAAGCAGUUGCGCUCUCAAAGGAUGUAGGACGUCAGGUCAAUUUGCUAUUCAUACAAGUGCUGAUUUUCUUGUUGUUUUUUUACCCUAAAGAUAUAGACCCGUGCACAAACGUUACUUGCGAUUACCAUGCCAUCUGCAAAGCUUUCUCUGCAUUUGAUGCGCGUUGUGUUUGUGAUGACAACUGCCCAUCGUACGAGGAGCCAGUGUGUUCAUCCAACUCGACAACAUUUAAGAACAAGUGCUUUUGUCUGCUGGACAUUUGCAGGCGCAAGAGUAACCACACUCUCUAUCAUCCCGGUAGCUGUACAGGUAAGAGAGCGGAUUAUAAGGUUUUUUUAAAACCACCUUAACCAGCGUAUGCAGAGCUCUAGUGUUAUGCGAUAUGGUCCGGCUGAUUACUUAUAACAUCACUCAAUUUGGCGGCCAUCUUGGGCGCCAUCUUGGAAUUCCGUUUUAAGCACAUGGCAUUUUCCGUGCAUCUGUAGGUCCAAAAUUGAUCAUGAUUAAAUACUAUUUUGCUUAUUUUGGUACUGUUUUGAAUGCAAUAAAGUGCCAAUUAUAUAGUGCCACUAUAUGAUUGUCUGAUUGUACAAUCAGCUUUUAAUUUACUUCCUCGCAUAUAGAAAGGAUUUUAUACCUUUUUUUUUCUCAUCCUCAUCAGGUAUUUGUAGGAUGCAUCUUUUUUUGUCUUUAUGUUAACUUUAUGGCUGUUGUUGUUUUUUUGUUUGUUUUUUAUCGCUUUCAGCUCUAAUUAGCUUUGUUUUUCUUCCAAGUUGUAUCUUCUUUUUCUUGUUGUUCCUCGACAGGUUUUCCUGUUCAGACUGGGCGAGUUUCACUGAGGAGACAUGUACAGUGGGCAGAGACGGCCUGUGAAGUAGUGAAAUUUCCACCGUUUUCAUUCUAUCCGGACAAAGAAGUGCACGUACAAAUAACGACCAAUCACUGGAACAUAAGCGAGAAAAAUUUUGUACAUGAUGCUACUGUGUCCUGGGUGGAAACUGUUAACUUCGAGAAUUUUGAGGUGAAUAUUUUAAAAGGAAGUGUUCAAUUCAAGUAUUACUUCAAGUAGUAAUUAGUGAGCUUUUGUUCAUUUGUCUUACAUCUCCAAGAACUCUUGUUUAGCUGUCAUAUUUCUGGCCAGUAAAAUACUAUUUAAACAUAUUUUAUUUUCACAACGAGUUACUAGCGGAGUUUUCGCGUGUUGCGCGCGCAGAGGAACACUAUGGGUAGAAAAUUUGGUUACCUAUGCAUCCAAGAAAUUUUGGUUGCUAACAAAAUCGUGCGUACGGACGUAGGACCGCGUCUUCAUGUUAACGGAUGUGAAAUGUCUUACUAGCUGUAAGUCUAAAACAUAUGCAAAUUGUGUUUAACUCGAUUUUGGACAUCCAUGUUAUAAUCAAUUGACAGCUGUCAAAGUAGGGCAUCCGCAGACCAGAGUCACAUGACUUUAUCGCGGGCUCAGGUGUGCAACUUAUUGAGAUGACGGGUUUUUUAAAGUUCUCCGCUGACCAGUAACAGAAUUCAAGAGUUCGCAGGCUUAGAAAACUUUACUACAGGAAGUAAGUUACCACGAGAGUUUCGCUUUUGGCCUUGGCUAAAUCUAUAUAUUAUCUUACCAUAUAAAAUAAACAUUAGCCAUUACAUUUUAUCUUUAGGUGUGCGUGACUGCAGCAGGAAGAAAUGAUCGCUUUAUCAAAGAAUUUGCCACGGUGGACUGGAUGGCCUACCAAGGUGCUCCUGAUGGAGGUGUGGCGGGUAAAAUGCGCAUUCCAGAAUGGUGGACUGGAUCACAGUGCUCAAAAGUCAGCCUUCCUCAGGCAAUAACACUUUAUUGUUACCUCUCAGCUGCAUCUUGUUUCGUUGCAUAAACCAUAAAAAAUAAUGACCUUUAAUUAAGUUUUCAAUAAGGUGAACAUUUGCUAUGCUGAUGUCAUAAGUACUAAACCCUCCAGUUGUUAUCCAAUCAAAGAUAUUGUACUUGGACUUGGAGACAUGAGCUGCAAAGAGGCAGCCCAGUUCUGUCCGCGAAAUUCUUUCUGACACAUAGGGCAUUUUUAAACGUUUUUCAAUUCUUACACUAUUUGUCAGAGGGGGGAGAUAUUCUUAAAAAAAGCAUUAUUUGAUACAAAAAAAUAUAGGAGAAAGAAACUUGUACGGUCUAGGGCUAAAUUUGACAGUCGCGUUCAGACACCUGACCACGAUCCAAUGUCCUAUGAGCGUCCCGAUCAUGUGAAAUGUCAUUUAUUCCAAAUUUUACAUGCUAUUCUUCCAAUCAGCUUUGCUGUGUAUACUUAAUGAUUACCAAUUCAACUUUCUUACCGUUAUGAACGGUUUUUUUUAACAGGGAAAAUUUGCGUCUACACCAACGGUCCUGGUUACAGCAGAACAUAUAAGUGCAGACUUUAAGCAUGAUGCCGCAAGUUUGUGGGUGGAAAACGCAACCAGUUCCUCCUUUUACAUUUGUCUUCGAGAACUACAGAAUUAUGAUGGUGUACAUGAAGAUAUCUUUGUGGUAUAUGUUUUCUCCUUCAUAAAUAUAUCUGUCUGGCGUUUGCUAAAUCUUGGCUAAAGAAAUUUCGAGUGCAUUUUAACAAUUUGAUAUCUAAGUCAAAUGGAAAGUAGUUACAAAAUACCAGCUGACAACUUUAUUGCUGGCAACAGACGGUGAAUUUCUCUCCCAGAAGAAACAGGAUUUUGGGAUAAAAUAAACAACAUCUGAAACGUCCAGAAAUUAUAACCUUUUAGUCAGCCAAACCAUGAGGCCCCAUAGGCAAGUGUCUGCCGAAAACAGAUUAAGAAGCCACAAUAUUUGAGCACAGAAUAGGCUUUCUAAGACAAUCACCUAAACUAAAUACUUGUGAAGCGUUUCUUUUUAUGCUUGAUACCGUAACCUGGUAACACGAGCUUAAGCACAUACCUCAAUUUUGUUUGUCAACGCUUUCGGUAAAUCACACAAUAUUAAUUUCGUGGCAAUCACAGAACUUCCAAAAAACCACUCGUAAUAUUUCCACAUUUAACACGGGCGAAAUUAUUCGUCAAAUUACUCGGAAAAACUGUCGCAUUCUGCACAUAAAUCGUCGAUUGAAACUUUUCUCGAGUCACACAGUCGAUUUAUUCAAGAUCCUGGAUGUAAACCAGCUGUUGAAAAGGAGACAUGGAGCCCCCGCCUUCCAAACAAUUUUUUGACGAAGACGUCUUUGGCCUGGUCAGAGAUCAGCAUCAAUUUCCAUCUCGCCGGAUAAAUUUCACCCCUAGAACCUACUUUGUGGGGCCAAAGACUUUUUGCUGCCAACAACAAAGCUCGCAAUAUCCAAUCUUUCCUUCUCAAACCCGGGAUCAGUAUUUCAUCUGUGCAGCUAAAUGAGACGAAAUACGAGACGACGUAGCAGUCUUAAUCGUGAGACUUGUUCCUUCGUAAGGUUUCAUGAUGCCUUCCGGAAAUCUUUGCUUAAGGCAGAGAGCCGUGUUCAGUCUAAAACGCGCGCUGAUUUCAAACUGGCAUACAGUGAGAACUAUAUAGGAAGUUAUGAAAGGCCUUUUUGUAGGGGGGGGGUUGUAGGUUAAUAGCCAUUGAGAAACUCAUGACAGUCUAUCUAAUGCAGCGCAUUAUUCAGCCAACAAAUUCAACAAUAUGACGUUGUAAUGACGUCAAAUAACGUCAUUGUGACAAUCAAAUUAUGCCUAGACGUUGGAAAAUAUUUUAUUCUGUGUAAUUUUGGUGGCCGUAUCAUUAGAGGUUUUAAAGUUAUAGAGGGGAGCCUCGAAAGCCAACCCACCCCGCUCGCAGGGAGCAAAAAUAAAAAAACGGUCUGAAUAGGGUCAAUCAUAAUAUACGUGAAAUGAGCUCUCGCCAGCAUUGUGGAUACAAGUUACAAAUCGUUUUUCGGACACAUGGCUCGAUUAUUUCUACACGGGAUUUAGGUAUGAGAUAGCAAUCCAUUUUUGAUUUAUUUAAUCCAUUUCUUUUUAGAGUUGGAUGGCCUUUGAAACAAUCCACAGGCCCCUUUUCGCUGAGAGCAAACACGUGGAUUUUCCAAACAACAAUUCCGUUUCUACAAGUUACAAUGGUGCAUUUUGCAAGGUAAGACGCAACUUUACAUUUAAGCAGAAGAAAGCUCUUUAUCUUUUUAGAUGGAACAGUAGACUUGCUACAAGUCCACCUCUCGGCGAGGCCGCGAAGCGGCCUACCGAGCGACAAAGUCGCGAGAGGUCGACCUUCAUCCCGCGCCAUAUUAAAUCUGACGAAGGACUUUUUUGAAAGUCUAAUGGAACAGCACAGAAAAGCGGCUAUCAAAUAAGUACAUUUAGGCAUUUUAAAUCAUCUUUACAGCUGUAAAACUCCAGAUUUUAUCCCAACUUAAUAAAUAGGAGUAAAAACGAAGAUUUAUCUCACAUCUAUGAGUUGCCAUAUCAUGUCAUCAUGAUCUUUCAAAAGAAAAGAGAUGAAAGGAACUUGUUUUAUGAACGUUCAUCACCUACAAUAUGACUAUGCGUUGAUCAGGAAUGGAUGGUGUUUCAAAGUUUAUAUCAACAGCCUUCUUUUUAUGUCCUUAGGACGUCCCUUUUGCAAAGAAUUACGACAACGAACCCAUAGUAUUAAUAGCAGCCGGUCACAACUCAGAAGGCAACAAUUUGAAGCCAAUAUACAUGUCCGUGACCCCAUGGAUUGAGGUAUUCUCCAAUUAUUUAACUAAUAUACAACACAAUUUCUUCAAAAUAAGUAAGAUCAAGCUGACAGAGUUGAUAGGGAAUGCGCAAAUGAGCUACCAAGGUCUGUUCGUGCAAUCUGUUUAUCAGUUACAGUCGCGCAGCGAAACAUUCCGUCUAUUUGUCUAUCAGUUAUUCAAGGUCAGUUUCCCACGUUCUUUUUUUGUUUAGAUAGGAAAAUUACUCAGUUACAGGCUAUAAAGCGAAAGUCUCUUUAAGUUGAGCUAUUACUGUUCCUCAAGAGCCAUUGCUGUUCCUCUAAGAUAAAUAUGAUACGAUGAUAUGCUUAUUUUACAGCAUAUCAAGACCAGCGAAUUUCGCAUUUGUCUCAAGGAGUUGUUCGCUGACCAGCAUGAUCCCGUGACUGUCUCCUAUGCAGUAUUAGCAGGUGUGUUAGUGAAUGAUAAAAGCAAAUUUAAUUUCUUUGCGAAGACCUUCUCAUGCCCAGCAAUUGUUAGAUGUCAAGUAAACUGAGAGACUCCUUUUUCCAUAUCUCCUUUAAGUAAUCAUCAGUAAAUGUAUUUUCCUAGUUCCUACUUACUACAAGUAACGGUUUCUAUUUCCCAAAACUUCUAGAUCAGCUUAGGGCUAAGCCAAACGUCAAACGUUUCAUAGAACGAGCCAUACUCUAAUUUGGGUCGACCUUACUUAAGUUAAGAUCCGGUCUAGAUAUGCUGGGUCAGACGUCGAUCUUAUAAUUAUAUAGGACGCAUCGAGCUAAUCAUCUGAAUCAGAUCAGUAAUAAAACUAUUUUUUCCCGAACGAUUUUUAUACACAUUAUGGAACAAUUUUUCUAAUUUGUUAGUUUAGUUUAUGGCAUGUGAAGAUCGAAGUUUUUCCCGAAGACGAUCUUCGGACGCUCUGUCCGUCUGAACGUGUUGGACGAUUCAUUCAGACGAACUUAACCGAGCCAGACGUCGCUAAGAACGUUUCAGAAACUUAACUCACUUAGCUAGGUUCGUCUCAUGAAAAGUUCGACGUCUGGCCUAUAGGCCUUAUUUUCUCUUUAUUUCGCACUAUUUACUUCACACAAUUUUUCUUGUAUAUUGCAGAUGUAUGUAAACCGGGCUGGUCAUAUUUUAAUGGUAUUUGCUACUCGACAAGCCAUUCAUGCAAAAAUUGGACCGAAGCAGAGAAAAUCUGCCAGGCGUACAGCGCCAACCUCAUCACCGUACGGAAUCAAGAAGAAAACGUUUAUAUUCAGCAUCGGCUGAAUGGUGCUAAGGGCUGGAUUGGUUUAAACGAUAGGGUCACAGAGGGCAAUUUCACCUGGGCAGAUAAUCAAACCAAUAAUUUCACAUACUGGGCGAAAAACCAACCAAACAACUUCAACAACGAAGAUUGUGUUCACACAUUAGGAGUCAGACAUAAAUUUAUGUGGAAUGAUGUGAGGUGUGAUACUUGCCAUAACUAUACCUGCUCAGAAGGUUUGUGGGUGACUUACCUCUUUUCUAUAAUAAUAGACGAUGUUCAUCACUAUCAUCAUCGUUAUCGUCAUGAUCAUCAUAAUCAUCAUCAUUACCAUUAUCAUUAGUUCCCAUUCAAAAGCCAUUUGCGAGUUGCCCCAAGCCGAUUUUUCAAAUCGAAGUCAACUUCAAAGUUUUUGUUCACAUGUGGAAAUUGUUCUCUAUUCUCAUUCAAAUAAACUCCUUCCUCUUGCAAUGUUUCGCACUUAAACUCAUUUUCUAUGCAUCAUCAUCAUCAUCACCAUCAUCAUCAGCAGCAGCAGCAGCAGCAUUAUUAUUGUUAGAUGUCAUUCAAAAAGCCAUUUACAAGUUUUUCUCAUUAAAUUUUUUCUCUCAUUUUCUCGUGCCAACGAAACUCCGUCGUCAUGAAAGGUUUAGCAGUUGAACUCAUUUUGCAUGUGAGCGAUUCUAGGAAAUUAAAAAUGGUCUUUAACUUAACGCCGCCAUGUGUUAAGUAUCAUUGAUACAUAAGUGUAACGUUCUCCUUUCUUGUUGGCAAAAAGAUCUAGGCAUACUGGCAUCUUACCAAUUUGCACCUUGACAAGUGCUUUGAGUUUGCUGCAAAUCUGUUAGUUAUCGAAAUGUUCCAAAGGGAAUGGAUUGAAGGAUUAGUUUACAAAGACAGUCAGGAACUAGAAAAUUAGAAAAUCACUAGAAAAUCAAAGAAAAUCAGUGACUAGAAAAAUUACACAUCGCAGAAAGAAUCCAAGAAGCUGACGCUUUUAGAUUUUUUUCACUUAGUCCUUCAUCGUCGAGAGUUUUAACUGACUGAUCCAUGUGCACAUACAUUAAUUUAUAUUAAGUUCAUUUCAUUUUUGUUAAAAAAAAGUUAGUUGACAAUCGAUUGCAGUUUGAUUGAUUGAACAAUUAUUGAUUACUUGAUUUUUAAAUUAGAUUUCGAUGAAUGUGGAGGAAAUAAUAACCACUGCCACAAGAAUGCUGUCUGCACAAACACCGUUGGCUCCUACAAGUGCCAUUGCUCAGUAGGAUAUGCUGGUGAUGGCUUGGCAUGCACAGGUAUUAUUAUAUGCUCUGGAGCACCAAAUCUAUUUUCCCUUGAAAAACUACCGGUAGUUUUAUUAACAAUACUUUUGGCAAAGAAAAACGCUGAGAAACUAGAACAACAGGAUCUCCAGCACAAAAAUCUUGUUACAGAACAAGCAUGGCUUACCCAAUGUCGCCGUAGUAGACGUGUGUAAUAACAAACAACAAAAUAAAAUUGUUGGGCAACAAGAACUUUACAAAAAAAGAACAUCAAGAGCUCGAUAAAACGUUUAGUCCAAAAAGGGCUCUAAUGGAAAGUAAAUUAGAAAGGCAGGGGCUCCAAGAACUUGUGUCGAAGACUUGAUCCUCUCUCUAUUAGUAACAUCUGGGAAGCAGCCCCGAGAUUCUUGAUCUAGACCCAAAACGGACGCAACGAAUUAUCGGCAAUAAUGGCGCCUACUCAAAUCCUGGUACAUGUGCACAGCUGGGAGCACAGAAAUCGGCGCUGGCUAGUAGACGGACUAAAUCAGAGUCUUUUGGUCUGUGGCGCAGGCUGGGGCUUUAAACGAAAUCAAACAAAAAUCAGGCAUUAUUGCGGACGGAGAAAAUUCUUGGCGAGCAGUCGUAAGCCUUUCGUGAUAGUGCCUCGAUAGCUGCGAUACAGACAGUAUUGUCCAGCAGCGUUAACAUGAACACCAUCAGGUCAAUAUGGGUCAUAGUUUGAUGUUCACUCAAGACGGAAAAAUUGAUUAUUCGACUGUGGGACCCCUGAUGCAGUGUAAAAGAACAUAAACAUUCCUCAACAGGUAAAACAUCUCGGAAGCGCGCGGUCAAAAUUGUUCUUAUGGCCGAAAGCUAACCAACGCGCAAAAGAAUGGCCCAUAACUAGAACUCAAGGAUUACAACGACGGCAUCGGAAUUAUCAUAGCAACUAAAUUACGCCAUUACCUAUUUUACUUGCAGUCAUAUUGUCGGCACUAAAACUGUUCUUCAAAAAUUCUUCACUAGAACUUAAUUCUUCCUCAAAUAGCUGCUUCGAUGUUCGUGAAUUUUAAACGAGAUCUUUGAGAGCGUUAUCGAGAUAUUUUGGGUUGAUGAUUUUAUAAUUACAAAGGGGUUAAAAACUGUACAUCUUGACGUUGCGCCGUUAUCUUAAGAACGCGAAGUGCUUUUGAAAUGCAACUACAUCUCAUAGCAGUUUCAAUCUUUUUAAAAACAUGUGUGAAAGACUAUGAAGAUAACUUUAGCCGAUUGCUAUGCCGAAGAAGGAUUUAAAAUAACGGUUAAUCAAGAGAGUCUCAAAUUUGAAGAAAAAUCUAUUGACCUGUUUCAAAAUUAUUUGCUUAUUUGUUAGAGAAGACCAAAAUGUUCCCAAACCGCUAACAAGGGCGCCUAAUCAAAUACCUCUCUCUAGCAAUCGGCUAGAGCUAUCUCUAUUAUCUUUCACACACAUUUUUUAAAGAGAUUGAAACUAGUAUGAGUUGGAAUUGCAUUUCACAAACGGCCGAAUAUCAAGAUUGUCGUCAUGGGGAUAUCGAUUUUACUAAAACUGCAUUAUGACAAACAUCUAUUCAUAGUCAAUCACUGGUGAAAGUUUUGUAGCGAUCGGACAAGGAUAAAAUCAAUUUUAAGCCGAUUAAAAGAUAUUGGUAUGGUCUCCUGAAAACUGUAUCCAAACGCCUCAAAAUCCGUUGCUGAACGGACAAGAAUGACUCAAACAUGAACUUGCUGAUGGAUGCAAAAGCGUGGAGGGGUUAAAACCAAAUUUACUUAUCUGCUCCUCACUCACAGGCCCACUAGGACUAUACUUAUUUGCAGGCAAAUAUUUCUUAUAUGCCAGAAGCCUUUGAAAAUUGAUUUAGGAUACUCUACAUUUCUUGAAAUGGUGGUAAGAAGCUUUUUUCUUUGCUUUAGAAAUCGAUGAGUGUUCCUCAGGUCACCAGUGUGACAGCAGUGCAACAUGUUACAAUACAGAUGGAUCCUACACGUGCAUCUGUAACAACGGCUACACGGGAGAUGGACGAACCUGUCGAGGUACAAGCCAGAAGCAGAAGUAAAAUAAUUGGCUUCUAGCAAGCCUUAAAAAGGCAUUUACGAUACAAGUGAUGUCGUUUAAUUACUUUUAUGCAAAAAAUAAUUAAAAGCCGUCUCUUCUUAGUGGUCCAUUACUAUUAUUUUCGUGUCUCAGAAAGUGCACUUCUAUGAUAUUCAUAAACAAAAAAAAAUGUCGAGCUUAAUAAUAAAUCCUUAUUAUUUUUCAGAUGUCGAUGAAUGCUCUCUCAACACCCAUGAUUGUGACGCGCAUGCAAUCUGCACCAAUACGGAAGGGUCAUUUACUUGCAAGUGCGACCUGCAUCACAUUGGCGAUGGAAAAACAUGCACUCCUCAUCGUAAGCUGAGCUUUUUUCAUGUAUUUAUUUAUAAACAGCCUUUUUACAUGGAAGGUGACAAGUUUGAUAACCGUUCAUUUCUAGUAUGUGGAAGGAGUAUAAGGAAACAGUAUACAUACGGCAUUUCAUCAACCGAUUUGGCUCAAAAUAACAACUUCUGCCUAUUCGUACUGUCGAUCAUCUUGAUUUUGCUGUUGUCCAAGAAUAUCCAACUCUCGUUUAAAUGUUUUUAGUGGGUUUGAAAUAUAGUAUAUUUCAAAUCCACUAAAAGCAAGGAAGCAUGAUCGGUUUUGUCGUUUACCUGCUUGGUGAUCAUUCAAUGAUAUUGAGAAAGUGCUCCCCGGGAUUAAGGGGUUGCAUUUAAACGCGGGUUACCUCAAAUACCUGGGGUCCCCCACCUCUAUGUAAACAGGCCCUAAGGCACGCGCGGCUUAACCCGACUGCAGGCUCAACUGUUCAGUGAUCAGAUUCGCAUCUUUCCCAGAUUUAUUGGCAUACGACAUCUUUUAAAAUUAAGACGAAUUUCUGACUUACCUUUUCAGGUGGCCUUAGUGACUCCGUUAUUUUAGCAAAUGAUGUCAGCAAGAUCACACAACUAAAUAACUGGCUUCUUCCCCACUUGCAAAGUUCGGACAGAAGUUACUGGAAAUUGUGUUACAGAGCUUCCACUCAUGGUUGGAGAUCACAAACCUUUCACAGCUACUGCGACAACAAAGGUCCCACUGUAACAAUUGUUAGGGUUGGGAUCUAUAUUUUUGGAGGCUACAACGACAAUUCAUGGCAAUGUAAGUCCUUGAAAUAGCUAAGGUAUCUACCACUAAGGCUUCAACUAGUUGAAUUGAAUUAAAGCCGAGAGAUCGUUUACCCCAAAUGUGAAAAAAGAAGAGAUGGGGCCUUAACAGUUUUCGGUAGUAGUUUUAAAACAACUCUGGUCUUAAAUAGAUUUUUGAUAUAUAGACUUUGCUAGGGCUAAAAGCGAAGCUCUCUUUAAUAUUUAUAGUUUCCUCAAAAAUGUAAAAUCGACUAAUACUAAAGACAAGGUGAAGACAACGAGAACGGUAAAAAACAACAACAAUAGACCCAAAUAGCAAAAAAGCAACUUUGCACUUGCAGCACACUUUUUUGUACAUUUCCUUGCCGUUGUUUUGCACCACUAAAACGUGAAACUUCUUUUAAAUUCCUGUUUACACGUUUUAUGCAGAAAAUGUUUGUGUUCCUGUUCGCUCUGUUUUUUCACUGCCGCUCACUUUCACUUUGGUAGCCGCUAGCAUUUCUCAUUUUCUUCUUUCAACGAAAUUGGUCUCCGUUGUUAUGUAUUUCUACCCUGGUCUCAGAGGUUUUUCUUGAUUUUUCUUCGCGAAAGAGAUCAAGAGCAAGCCGCGAAGCGGCGACAACGAGUCGCUUUCGCGACGAGGAGAGUGAGAAAAACCUCUGGUUACCUUGGCUUCGAAUCUCACUUUCAUGCUGACGACAGCUGUCAAACGCGUCAAAUUGCUAAUAAAAAGAGUGACCAAUGGCAAUUUAGCAAACACGUGCUUAUCAGCCGCUAUUUUUUUAAGUAGGGGUAGACCCGGGUAAAUUAUGUUAUGAACAAAUCAUCCCCACUUGGGUGGUAAAGAGUGAUCUGUUAAUCGGGGUCAAGCUAAAACAUAUGUUAACGAUGGGCGACAAGAGUCCAGGAAUAAGAACACCGCUUUAUAAAGAAACCAACAUUGUUCCAAACGACUGCUGCAGGAUUUGCAGAAUUUAUGUAAAAAUAAGUGGCCGAUCUAAAAUCAACGUUUUUUGGGUAUAAUAACAAGGAUUCUUCACAAACAUUGUCAUCUGUUCUGUCGGCUGUGUACAUGACUCAACGGGAUUUUUUGUCAGAAGUGCCAGCGGGAAGUUGUAAAGUGAAGAGUCUAUCAAUCGCGCUAAUUAUUAUUUACUUCUGCGGGGCGCGCCGUUCGCGUCGAUUCGAGGGCAUUCCCCCCAAAAUAGUAAUUUUAAUAUGUAUUUUGCAAUCUGGCUCGUAUUUUGGUUUGGCGGCUCUAUUUCCUUUUUUUGUGGAACAACGGCGCUAGGAAGAGUCACGCAGCACAACAAACCCUUAAGGUUCGGAAUGUACUUUCAGAGGUUUUUGUUGACCCAAUGCUAAAAAUAACGUUGGUUAGGUCUUUAACGAUAAAUAUUGGGCGUCGCAGGAAAAUGCAAGCUGCACCGAAAAUGAUUACGUACUUGUACAAAGAUGUAUGUUUUUUUGCUACAAGGAAACGUUUAUUCCGUAUUCGGAGAUUUAUAUUUUGCUGCCCUAAACAAGUUAGUUUAGACUGAGACGCCACGGUUUCGCAGUUCGCGGAUAUGCGAGUCCACAAGAAACUUGAGAGGACAGACAACCAAAAUUAUUGCAUGGCGAGGUUUAUGAGUAGCCUCUUAAGGAAAGGUAUUUGCAAACAUCAGGUAACGACUGAAAUAUUAUAUUCACCAUUUUAUCAACCGGACAUGGAAAGUACACAUCCUUUCGACUCAACGCGGCGAACAAAGCUUUCUUUUGUUGCUCAGUGAGACUCAGGAAAGCGCUCAUCAAGUACCGAGGUCAAAAUUUCUGCGAAUAUUCUUUCAGGAACAACAUCCAUGUCAAAAUCUCGAAAUAUGGCGUGACUUUACGUGCCUUGGUCCCGUGAAAAUGUUAUUGCGAGGGCAGCAUACCAACAAUUUUCUUCCCUGGUAGAGAGAGGCACAAUGAGGUGUGAAAAUCCUCAGCGUCCCCUCGGUAGUUACAAUUAAACGAGCCAAUCAAAUUGGUUUGCGUGUUUGAAAAAAAUAUCAACCAAUCAACGCCCGAGGGUCAGAUCCUGACCCUGUCGUCUGCAUGAAAGUGAGAUUCGAGGCCAAGGUAACCAGAGGUUUUUCUCUCUCUCCUCGUCGCUUUCGCGACUCCUUGUCGCCUUUUCGCGGCUUGCUCUUGAUCUCUUUCGCGAAGAAAAAUCAAGAAAAACCUCUGGGACCAGGGUAAUGUAUUUCUCGCUCUAGCUCUUUUCCUGCUAUCUAAGUUUAAUGUAGACAUUAAAAUUUAGCUUGAAGAAAUACUCGGGUUUUUUUGUUGAUUUUCGUUUUCUCUCUAAAAGUCCGGGCGGCCAUGUCAUUUACCGCCGAAACGAGCGAGGUGCUUGAAAUGCAAAAUUUCACCUCAACUUUAAGAUACUCCUCCCCCUCUCGCAAGAAAAUCUUACCUCGGGUAUUUUAUGUCGCACUUUGUAAUAAUUGUCACACUUUGUGUACCUGUCCCACUUUGUAACACCUUUCUCACUAUGUAAUAACACUUGUUGCACUGUGUUAACUUACGACGGAUGCUCGGAGGACAAGUAAACCCAAUAAUAAUUAUCAUAAGCGACAAAAACAACAACAACAACAAUAAUAACAAUAAUAAUAAUAACAAUAUUAACGCUCCACUGAACUGCUUUUAGCACCAGUUUCUCAAGUAGGGGCAGAGGAAAGUGACCACAUCAACUGCGGCCUUCCGGCUUCAAGAUCUUUGUAGGGAAGUACACCGGUAACCCUUUCUAUGCGGACGACCUCGAGACCAUGAGAUAGUGUCCAUAACAGCAAGAGUCCGUAAUAAUGGGAGUUUGUAUUGGAAUUUAUCCGCUAUCCGUAUUAUCGGGUUGUCCAUAAAAGUAAGGUGUCCUUCAGGCGAAAGAUGAUUUUGUAUUAAUCAAAUUUUUUUGAAAGUUUUACUAGUAGCACGGGCAACAAAGAAAUCCGGUUUCAUUACCUGCGAGGAUAUGAACAGAGAUAUAGCAAAAUGUUAGUGUUUACUGCCAUGAAUAAACGCUAAACUUAUAUUUCAUAAAACCUAAAAACACAAACUCCGAGGCAACACGAUAAAUCAUUGUCAUAAUAAGACAAACAUUAUCAUCAUCAUCAUCAUCAUCAUCAUCAUCAUCAUCAUCAUCAUCAUCAUCAUCAUCAUCAUCAUCGUUAUCGGUAUUAUUACUAUGUGAAUGGUUUUCGCUAUGAGAGAAAAAAUAUGGAAUCGGAUUUGGCCAAGAAAUUCAACAAUAUGACUUCAUAAUGACAUCAAUUAUUUCUUUGUUUUAAUCGAGUUAUGCCUAGAUGUUGGAAAUAAAGAGCACAAUAAUACUGUGUUAUUGUGGUGGCUGUAUCAUGAGCGGCUUCGCUAUAAAUAAUAAUAAUCAUCAUCAUAAAACAUUCUCAAUAAUAAUAACAAUAAUCUAUUAUUAUUAUUAUUAGUAGUAGUAGUAGUAGUAGUAUUAGUAUUACUAUCACUAAUUAUUUUACUUUUAUUAUCAUUUUUUUUAUCGAUGCUGAUACUUCUUAUUGUUGGGUUUACUUAUCCUCCUACCAUGCGUUUCAAGGUUAUUACAAAAUGCGGCAAGUGUUAUUAUAAAGUGCGACAAUUUUAUUACAAAGUGCGACAGAACAGGCAAACAUUGUUGUAACGUAAAUUUCAUUUUAAACAUUUGCCGUCAGUAUUAUUUGUCUUAAGGCGGACUUUGAAAAACGUUUCUGACAGCCAAUCAGCCUGACCAGUAGUUUUGAGUAGCACAAUCUGACACAUUUUUCAUGCAUUCCCGGCGAUGACAACUGCCUGAGUUUCAGCAACUGGCUAGCUUGUCCUUUUGUACAACGGCUUGGCCGUGCGUCUUCUUGUUUGAUCAAGGAUCAGGGGUAUCCAAAAAGAUAAAUGUUUGUUGCGCCAUCCCUUUUAAAUUUACUAAUGGAAAAGCUCUGGGGACGAAGUUAGUUGCAACUUAUGAUGCUCCAAUUCAUGAUCGUGAGGAUUUGAGCCUGAUUUAUUAUUUAUUUUACGCAUUAUAUACCACUUUCCUGCUCUCCGUGAUUUACUAACCCACUAUCGUUUCCUUAAAAAAAUGGGCUUUGAUUUGUACCCUAUAGACUUCGAGUGAGUGCGAAGCUGAAGAUACAACCUUAUUAUGUGAAUUAUGUUUGAAAAAAUGCUAGUUAUUAGCAUAAGAAAACAAGAUUUAGAUAAGAAAGCAGAAAUCUUAUGGUUGUACCAACACAAGGUCCACUCCAGCCUCGUUUCCAUCCAUAGCUGUAAAAUGGUCUAUUGAACUCGACUGAGUUACAAUGGAUCUCUAAUUGUUUGUGUUUUGUUUUUUGUCUCUUCAGCGUCUGCUGGUAAUCAAUAUUCGACAAAUACCUUCUUAUACUCACUGAAAAACUACUACGGGUAUGGAUACUUCAAACAGGACAUAACCAACGGCUAUAAUAGCUACGCCACUUACAGCCAUUAUAAUUUUGGUCCAACCUUUGGUUAUGGCUAUGAUAUGUAUCUUGCGGACAAUGCGGGAAGAAAUACCAAUUCUUACUUUAGUUGUCACUCGUACAGCAGUCCCUAUUGUGACAAUUAUCUCUGGGUUGGAUCACGAUACGGGAAUCAUUUCCGCCCAGAUGAGUUGGAGGUUUAUUAUGAAGUGCUUGCUUGAAACCGGGCGGCAACAUAAAACAAAGGAAGCAUAUAAAACAAACAAACAAACAGCAACAACAACAAUCACAACAAAAACAUCAACAGACCAACAAAAAUAA